AUGACUGAUCGAGUACGAAUUUUAAUUAUUGAAUCAUUUACUUCAAUUCGUUAUGUAAUACGUAAAGAAAUAAAAAUAUCCAAGUCAAAUGCUAAAUAUUGAGUGUGGGUGUGGGCGGGUAUGUGGAUAGUUCUCCUCUCUUUACCCACACUCACACCC